GGUAUUUCCGGAGUACCACCAUUGAUUCUUUGUUCUGACAGCUGGGAAUUGUGUACUCUUAACUUUACUUUGCGAGACGAGAAAGACGACGAGAGCUUGAAGAUCAGAAAGGUGUAGCUUCUAUUCUGAAUUCAAUUCACGCCUCUUGUCGCAACAGGUAUCAAUACUUGGCCCAUUUGGAAUCACUAAAUUUGGGGAUAUUUGGAGGAUGCCAGACUACUUGGAUCGAGAUAAGGUGAAGGCUCUUCAAGAAAAGGGAGAGGCUGAACAAAAAAUGAUGAGUAGUGACUAUAGCGGUGCGAGGGAUAAAUUACUCAGAGCACUGCAGCUUUUUCCAGCUAUCGAUGGCAUUGGCUCAAUGGUGGCUCUCUGUGACAUACUAUCUGCUGCCAGUAACAAGUUUUCUGGUCAAGGAAUUGAUUACUACUGGGUUCUUCAGCUUCCACCUUCAUCUAGUUUCUCUGCUGUUAAAGAUCGUUACCGGAGGCUCCUUGCCUUGUUGCAACCCAUCAGGAAAAAGUUCUCGGACACCCAUUUGGCUCUGAAAUUUGUAGAAGACGCAUUUUCCAUUCUAUCUAACCCUGAGAAGCGUUCUGCGUAUGAUUUGGAAAGGGCUGCAACUAUGGAAGAUUAUGCAUCUGUUAAUGUAAAAGCUUUAUACCAUCAAGAUAAGGCAGCUACGAUAUUUUCAGAAGGUAUAGGAACUCUGCAAUUCAAACUCCAAAAAUUUUGUGACUUUGACCAACAACAUGGUGGAAUUAUUUGUCGACAACCACUCAGUAAGGUUUCUGCUGGCUUGCAUUCUAAAGGGAAGAUUGGAGCAGACAUAGAUAUGUCUAUAGACAGUAUAAAUUCGUCAACAACAUCACGACCAACAAAUCUUCAGGAGAAAUCAUUUCUUUCUUCAAUAGCUUUGGCACAGAAAAGCCAUUGUCAGGACUUCUUUAACUUUGAGAAUGGUAGAAGAACCGAGCAUUUCAAGCCAGGUCAGAUAUGGGCAGCUCAAUAUAGAGCAAAUUUAAGUAACUUUCGGUAUGCUCGAGUCGAUCACAAUUCUGCAGGAGCAGUUCUCCUUAAAUGGUUAAAGCCAAUCCCUGUUAGUGUUGGCGAGAAAAGAUGGUGUGAUGCAGGCUUACCUGUUGCUUGUGGGUCAUUUGAAUUGAAUCCUGAGUUGAAUAGUGAGGAGAGCUGGCCAAUGGUUCCAUCCUACAAAUGUUCUUGGGAUCAUGGUGGGACAGAUGAAGAAUUUGAAAUUUACCCAAGAGAAGGUGAGAUUUGGGCACUGUAUAAGGAUUGGAACCUUGAUGGGUGGGUCUAUAAUCCUAGUUAUGUGGAAGGAUGCAAAUUUCAGUUGGUUGAAAUCAUACAUUUUUCAAAAUAUUUAGGUUCAGAUGGUGCAUGUUUGGUAAGGGUAGACGGUUUCAAAAACAUUUUUGAGAGACAAACAAUUGGAGGGAGUUCUGUCACUUUCCACAUCCCUCCAAGAAAUUUGUACAUAUUCUCUCAUAAUGUCCCAGCAUAUAGGUUUAAGGGUGGAGAAAUUGAUAAAGUUGUUGAAGGGAUGUUUGAGCUUGACCAAUUGGCUUUACCUGAAGUUAUGAUUAAUGAGAUUGAAUCCCCAAAAGCACCAAAGAAUUGGAAUGCUGCUAGUGUUUUUAGCCAUAAUCCAUUGGGAGGGCAUCCUUCCUUGAAGUCAUAUCCAGAGGAGCAACUCUUGAUGCCCAGUUGGUCUUCAAAUGAUUUUGCCAUUGGUCAGGUAUGGGCUCUGUACAGUGGAAAAGAUUUUUUGCCUAGGCAAUACACUAGAAUAGAUAAUUUGAUUUCUGAAAGCCAAAUAUGUGUGACUUUCUUAGAAGCUCUACCCACUUUUGACCAUGAGAUUGCUUGGAAGAAAGAAAAGCUACCCAUUGUAUCUGGGAUGUUUGAGGUCAGUGGAACUAGUGUCAACCUUGAAAUGUCACUGUUCUCCUAUUUAGUCAACAGCCAAAAAAACAAUGGUCAGCCACUCUACGAAAUUUACCCGCUAAAAGGUGAGGUUUGGGCUUUGUACAAGAACUGGAAUAGCAAAUGGAAGCGCUCUGAUUAUGAAAAUUCCCAAUGCCAGGUUGUCCAAAUUCUGUCAGAUUUGAGUGAGGGGGAUGUGAUAACAAUAGCUAGGCUAACAGAGGUGAAGGGUUGGCUAACUUUCUUUCAUAGGCAACAAGUUGAUGAGUUUAAGCUGAUUCAUGUAGUUUCCAAAAAAGAGAUGUUUAGUUUCUCUCAUCAAAUCCCUGCUUUCCGAGUGCCUGGAAUUGGGAGAUAUGGCAUUCCAGAAAGCUCUUGGCAUUUGGAACCAAAUGCUCUACCUCCCAAGCGCAGGAACUGAUUCCAGGAGAAACCUCGUGGCAUUGCAACAUAUGGUCUUGAACAUGAAUUCUAACCAUCUCUACCUCUUGUAAUUAUAGCCUCCCUCUGUAGAUGAAAUGAUGAAAUGUGAAGCAGGAUGUCACCCAUUAAUAGUAUGCGGUACAUAUUUU